GCGACUGACCGCUUUCAGUGGCGAGCCCCUAAGCUACUAUAUCCGGAUCCUCGGGGUAGCGAGACGAGAAUGCAGGUGCUCUUCGGCCUGGGACUGCCGAUGGAGGGUGAGGUGUCCAUGACGCUCGGCUACGUUUUAAAAUGCAACUACCUGCUGCCGUACAACUCGGAGAACGGCACCGGAUCCCGACAAAAUAACAUCGCCGCAAAACGAGUCUCGAAAGUAUCGAGGUGGAGCUUGUAUAGAAUGUUGGAAGCGGCGAUAGACAGGGGUUGUCUCCUCCGGGUCAUUUGCGAGGCCGCGGCUCUGCCAUUUUUCCGCCCAGGUCUCUUGGGGCAACUGCUUCAGGCUUUCCUUACACCAACAAUGACUGACGAGGAAUAUGAAAUGUAUACCGAUCGCCAGUAUCAUAAGGCGGAGGCCUCGGGUCGGGAUCAGGAUUGCAGGCAUUUCUAUCGCGAUUGUCCUUACAGUCCUUUGGAUCAUUUCACGCGAUACAUCGAUACGUGAGUCUCGGUAUCUAUC